CGAAAAAGUGUCACUGUUUCGUACCAAGUUUUUAUCAAAGUUUAAUUUUCUUAUCUUUUUUUCCGAAUAAAAAAUAACAGCAAAAGAAAUGACUUCAUUGUUCAUUUUGGACAGGAUAAAGAGGAUAGAGUGCAAAUAGAGUAUUUUUGUUUACCUUGAGUGUCUGCUCGGUCACUGACAUCAUCAUCUGGCUUGCUUCAUUCGUUUCAAAUCGGUUUUUUAAUAAACAUUUUACCUAAAUCAACUUUUUACAUAAUUGCUGUUUGCAGUUUGGUUUUUGGUUCAUCUUUAAAAACCACUUGGGAAUUAGAAAUUUGUUUUUUAAAGAUAAUCUUAAAAAUCAACCAACAUGACUCGAACUAGUAGAAUACUAGAUAUCUUAGCGAUUAUUGUGUUAAUCGGAUGCGUCGUUAUCGUCACUGAAGCACAAAUUGCCGAAAAAUAUACCCAAAAUCCAUGUGUUAAUAAACAAACCUGCCGCGAAUGUAUACAGACACAAAGCUGUGCCUGGUGUAUGGCAACCAACUUUACCGAUAAACCAAGAUGCUUCCAUCCAAGUUUUGCACCAUUAGGUGCAUGUCCAGAAGAAUUCACAUGGAAUCCAAGUAAUGAAAGAACAUUCAUUAUCAAUCGCGAAUUAUCACGGGCAAGUUCGAUAAGAGGAGGUGGACAAAUGGUAUCUGGAGGAAGUUAUGAAGCUGGUUCUUCUUACAGUGCUAGUGGAUCAAGUUAUCAAUCAUCACAAUAUGGAGCAUCAGCAAAAGGAUCGAGUAGUUCAUCAUCAAGUUUUAGUGCGGCAAGUGGAUCAAUUGUCCAAAUCAGUCCUCAAAAAGUUAAUCUUAAGUUGAGAAUAAAUGAACCUUACAAAUUAAAUUUCCGUUACUCACAAGCUGAGGAUUACCCUGUGGAUCUUUAUUAUCUUAUGGACUUGUCAAAGUCUAUGGAAGACGAUAAAGCUAAGCUUUCCAAAUUGGGUGCUUUGUUGUCAGAGACAAUGAGGAAUAUAACUUCCAAUUUUAAAUUGGGUUUCGGAUCGUUUGUAGAUAAGGUUCUUAUGCCAUAUGUAUCAACUAUUCCAAAAAAACUGGAACAUCCAUGCGAUGGUUGUGAAGCUCCCUAUGGUUAUCGCAAUCACAUGACCUUGAGUGUAGACACAGCGAAAUUUUCUAAAGAAGUAGAAGAUGCUGCUGUAUCAGGAAACUUGGACGCACCUGAAGGUGGUUUUGAUGCAAUUAUGCAAGCUAUUGUUUGUCGCGAUCGUAUUGGUUGGAGAGAUCAAGCUCGUCGUCUUUUAGUCUUCUCAACAGAUGCAGGAUUCCAUUAUGCUGGUGAUGGCAAACUUGGCGGUGUUAUUGAACCCAACGACGGACAAUGUCAUUUAGAUUCCAGUGGCUUAUAUACUCAUUCAACAAUUCAAGACUAUCCCAGUAUCUCUCAGAUCAAUCAUCAUGUCAAGAAGAAUUCAAUAAACGUUAUUUUUGCUGUUACUCAAACACAAAUCAAUGUGUACAAAAAACUAUCCCAACAUAUUGAAGGAUCAUCAAGUGCUGUAUUGUCGAAUGAUUCAUCUAACGUUGUCGACUUAGUUAGAGAUGAAUAUAAUAAAAUUUCAUCCUCCAUCGAAAUGAAAGACACUGCUAGUAGCUACGUCAAAAUCAAUUAUUAUUCAGCUUGUUUGAAUGGUUCAGGACCAGUUCUAACUUCCAAGUGUGACGGACUCAAGGUUGGCGAUAUUGUAAGUUUCUUUGCUGAAAUCACUGUCACCGAGUGUCCAGCCGAUCCCAAAGAAUGGCAACAACAAAUUCAAAUCUAUCCAGUUGGUAUUAACGAAACUCUAACAAUUGAUUUGGAAAUGCUCUGCAGUUGUCCCUGCGAGAAUCCCAAUCAUCCAAUGUAUGAAGUUGCUUCAGAAAAAUGCCAUGAUCAUGGAAAUUACAUGUGCGGCAUUUGUGAAUGUAACAAUUCAUAUUUCGGAAAUACUUGCGAAUGUUCAGCUGCAAGUGGAACACCAGUAAAUCAAACUGUCGUUUGCAAAGCUGACAAUGAUACAAUUUCUGAGUGUAACGGAAGAGGCACCUGUGUGUGUGGUAUUUGUGAGUGCAAUAAACGGCAAAAUCCUGAAGAAGUUGUUUCUGGAAGAUUCUGUGAAUGUGAUAACUUCUCCUGUGAUCGUCACAAUUCUUUGGUUUGUUCAGGUCCAGAUCAUGGAACAUGUAACUGUGGUACUUGUAAUUGCAAGCCAGGAUGGACUGGAUUAGCAUGCGAUUGUUUGGCAUCCAAUGAGACUUGUAAACAACCUAAUAGUGAUGGAGAAAUUUGUUCCGGACAUGGUGAAUGUGAAUGUGGUGUUUGCAAAUGUAAGGUAACCAACGAAGGUCGUUAUUCUGGUAAAUACUGUGAAAAAUGCCCAACCUGUUCCAGACGUUGUCAAGAUCUGAAGGAUUGUGUACAAUGUCAAAUGUACAAAACAGGACCACUUAAAGAUGAAGCUGCUUGUGCAGCUAACUGUACACUCUUUGUCCCAAUUGGUGUGGAGAAAAUUGACAUGAACGAUGAAAAGGAAAAUGGUUUCCCUUGUGCGUACUACGACGAUGAUGAUUGCAGAUUCAAAUUCAGAUACACCGAAAUCGAUGGCAAAAUUGAAGUGUACGCCCAACAAGAACGUGAAUGCCCACCGAAAGUAUUUAUGUUGGGAAUUGUUUUGGGUGUGAUUGCAGCUAUUGUCUUGGUUGGUUUAGCUAUUUUGUUGUUGUGGAAAUUGCUGACAACCAUUCAUGAUCGACGAGAGUUUGCGCGAUUCGAAAAGGAACGUAUGGCUGCAAAAUGGGAUGCUGGUGAAAAUCCAAUCUACAGACAUGCAACGACAACGUUCAAGAACCCAACAUAUGCUGGAAAGUAAACAGGUUUACAAAAAGUUUACUUGAGUAUUAAGUGAAAUUUUCCUUUUUUUAAUUUUUCUCCGAAUACCGUCUUGAUUGUUGAGGUGCGAAUUUGUUUAUAUUUUUAUUUACAGUAUUCAAAAAAGAAUAGUUUCAAAAACUGCCGUAAGUUAUUAUAAUGCCAUUUAGUGUUUCACCAAUUAAGUCUUCCUCCUGAAAGACUUUUCAAAUUAAAAAAGUCAAAUCCAGUAUCUUACAUUAAAUUUGCACAACAUGACGGUAUUUAUUUUUUUUAUAAACGAACUAAACGAUAUAAAAUUCUAAAAAAAAAAAAACAAAAAAAUCUGUGUCUUAAGAGAAGAAAAUAUGUGUGCCUGCUACUUACAUAAAUAUUUUAUGUAUAAAAUAAUUAAAACAAAAAUACUUGUUUAAGCUAAAAAAUGAAUAUUAAAUGAUUUAUCAACUGCUGUUUGGAUCAUGCUCUAACUACUUAAACACAAAAUAGACAGGUUUUUAUUAAUUUUUGUUAAUUUUUUUUUAAAUAAACUUUUUUUUUAAAUGUCCACCGACGAAAGAAUCGUUUUGAUUUCUUGUUUUUGCUUGGGCAUUUCCAACCGAUAUUUAAGCAUAUUUAUACUUUUAUACAAAAAAAUAAACACAGAUAAACUCGAUGUUUUUAACAAAAAACAUUUAAAAAUACGGAUUAUAAUCAAAAUAAUUGUGUGCCUAUUAAUCGAUCCUUGCCUUAUUUGGCAGGAUAGUCAAAAAAGAAAAUUUAUUGUAUAGCCAAAUUAAUGUAACAAUUAGAUUUAUAGACUUUAUAUAUCAAGCAAUUAAUUCUCCAAAAAAAAAAAAAAAAAAUAAGCGAAGGAAUAAUAUUC